AUGGCGGCCCAGAAUGUGAACAUGGCAACAGUGCUCAAACGGCUAGAGGCCGUUACUUCCCGUUUGGAGGACAUGUACGAGAAUGCACGCACUGGUGCACCUUCAUCUGGCCCUGCAAUUGCAGCUGCUUCCGCCACUACGGGUCAAGCCGCUCCACCACCGCCACCGCCACCUCCCCCUCCUGCCAUCGCUGUCGCGGAUAUCGAGGAUCCGCCGGCAGUUAAGGCUUUCUUCGAAGAGAUCGUGGAUACCAAGGUCAAGCAGUUCACGAAACUCACCGAGUCCUUUGCAGCGCCAUCUGUCAUUGAGCAGGCGAAAGUCGUCGAGAAGCUUUACACGGGUCUCGGUGGGCUGAUCCGUACGGCUGCUCUCUGCAAGAAACCGACGGAGCAGAAUGCAUUCGCGGAACUGCUUCAGGCUCUCCAGACCGACAUCAACGCCAUCUCUGCAAUUAAGGAGAAGAAUUUCAAGGAGAGGACGUUCGCAAACCACCUUACCUUUGUCGCCGAGGGAGCGAGUGCCGUCGGCUGGGUCGCGAUUGAGGGCAAGCCGGGUCCUUAUGUUGGCGAAGUGCGCGAUGCAAGCCAGUUCUACGGCAACAGGAUCAUCAAGGAGUUCAAAGAGAAGGAACCCAAACACGUCGAGUGGGUGCGCUUGUACUUAGACAUUCUCGAGUCCAUGCGCAAGUACAUCAUGGCACACCAUACUACUGGCCUUGUCUGGAAUCCCAAGGGCAUGUCUGUUGCCGACUUCAAGGCGUCCUCUUCUGCGUCUGCUGCUCCUGCAGGCGGUGCACCGCCUCCCCCGCCGCCACCGCCGCCACCUACAGCCCCCGCGGCACCUCCCCCUCCCGCAUCCGGCGCUUCUCCUGCAGGCGGCAUUGGGGCAGUCUUUGCCGACCUCAACAAGGGCUCAGACGUCACGAAGGGCCUUCGCAAGGUGGACAAGAGCGAAAUGACACAUAAAAACCCCGCGUUACGGGCUAGUAGCACUGUACCCGCCGCGUCGCCGCCGCCUUCUUCAACUGCGGCUAAGCCGAAGAAGCCGGUGAAACCGAGUGCCCUGCAUGCAAAGAAGCCGCCCAAAUUCGCAUUGGAGGGAAAUAAGUGGUUGGUGGAGAACCAGGAGGGUGAAACGCUCACUAUUGAGGAGACCGAGCGUUCUCAGGUCGUGAACUUGUACGCCUGUACGAAGACGACCGUGAUCAUCAAAGGCAAGAUUAACGCCAUCACCCUCUUCUCGUGCAAGUCCUGCUCGCUUCUCGUCGACUCGGUCGUCUCUUCCAUCUCCGUCACAAGCUCUCCGGGCUUCGCUGUGCAGGUCACGGGUAGCGCACCGACGUUCCAGCUCGACAGCACAGACGGCGGCACGAUCUUCCUCAGCAAAGACAGUCUCGCCACGGAGAUCACUACGGCGAAGUGCAGCAACAUCAACGUCAAUCUGCCUGUAGAGGGCGAGGAGGAGGGCGUGUUUGAGGAGGCGCCGAUGCCGGAAAUGAUGCUUACCAAGGUUGUGAACGGCAAGCUGGUCACGAGCAUCGUUGAGCAUGCAGGCUAG